AUGGAGCGUCAAUACACCGGCACUUACAUUCCUGUACAAUAUAGCGGAGGAUCAAACACAUAUGAAAAAUACACGAAACUUACACCAAAAUGGCGUUUGGAAUUAAUCAAAUCCUUUGAUAGAAGUGUUAUGCGUGUACCUGUAAGAAGUGGCCAACCUGGUUAUAAUCGGCCCACUUUUAUUAGGAUUGCUGUUAGAGAACCAUCCAAAGUAGAUGUUCGAAUUAAAGCUUGGGAACAAUUGUGUCAUGAAUAA